CAGGGCCGGGCGGGCGGGGCCGCGCCGGCCGCUGCACCUCGGUCUCGGCCCCCGAUCCCCCUCGCGGGCCCCCCAACGUGAGCCACGACAUUUUUGGCGCCUCUCCGGGGGUCGGGCCCUUCUCUGCUCGGAUCGGCUCCUAGGAAUGUCCUGACUGCCCGCGGGGAGGACCUCACUCUGACCCGCGAUUCUGAUCCAAGACCUGGAAGUUGACAGCUUGGCAGCCUUGUCCCCGGAUCGGCCUCCUCUUCUCACCGUCUCGCUUCCUUCCCCAGGAUUGUCAGUGGGUUCGCCCCGAGGAGAGCUGACCGCCCUGGGCCGCUGCGGGCCCCCGGCCGAGUCGAGCCACCAUGUCCCCGGAAUCUAAAAAGCUCUUCAACAUUAUAAUUUUAGGAGUUGCCUUUAUGUUUAUGUUCACCGCCUUUCAAACUUGCGGAAACGUGGCGCAAACUGUCAUCAGGAGCUUAAAUAGCACAGACUUUCACGGCAGUGGCUAUACCAGCAUGGCAAUUAUUUAUGGCGUGUUCUCCGCUUCAAAUUUGAUUACACCAUCAGUGGUUGCCAUUAUAGGACCUCAGCUCUCUAUGUUUGCAAGUGGUUUAUUUUACAGCAUGUACAUUGCCGUUUUUAUCCAGCCUCUCCCGUGGUCCUUCUACACAGCUUCUGUUUUCAUUGGAAUUGCAGCUGCCGUGCUUUGGACAGCACAAGGAAAUUGCCUGACAAUAAAUUCAGAUGAGCAUACUAUUGGGAGAAACAGUGGAAUUUUCUGGGCACUCUUACAAUCUAGCUUGUUCUUCGGAAACCUCUACAUCUAUUUUGCUUGGCAAGGGAAAACUCAGAUAUCAGAGAGUGACCGAAGAACAGUGUUUAUUGCCCUGACAGUGAUUAGCCUUGUGGGGACAGUUCUUUUCUUUCUCAUUCGGCAGCCAGAUUCUGAAAAUGUCCUGGGAGAAGAUGAGUCCUCUGAUGACCAGGACCUGGAAGUCAACGAGUCUGCCCAGAGCACUAUGGGAAAAGCAGUGGAUGCAUUCAAAAAGUCUCUGAAGUUAUGUGUCACCAAGGAGAUGCUGCUCCUUAGUAUUACGACCGCCUAUACAGGUCUGGAAUUGACUUUCUUCUCUGGUGUCUAUGGAACGUGUAUUGGUGCUGUAAAUAAAUUCGGAACGGAAGAGAAAAGCCUUAUUGGACUUUCUGGCAUUUUCAUUGGCAUUGGAGAAAUCUUAGGUGGAAGCCUCUUUGGUCUGCUGAGCAAGAAUAAUCGUUUUGGUAGAAAUCCGGUUGUGUUGUUGGGCAUCCUGGUGCAUUUUAUAGCUUUUUAUUUGAUAUUUCUCAACAUGCCUGGGGAUGCUCCUAUUGCUCCCGUUGAAGGGACCGAUAGCAGCGCUUACAUCAAAUCCAGCAAAGAAGUCGCCAUCUUCUGCAGCUUCCUGCUGGGCCUUGGGGACAGCUGCUUCAAUACCCAGUUGCUUAGUAUCUUGGGCUUCCUCUACUCCGAAGACAGCGCGCCGGCCUUUGCCGUCUUCAAAUUUGUGCAGUCCAUCUGCGCAGCCGUGGCAUUUUUCUACAGUAACUACCUUCUCCUUCACUGGCAACUCCUGGUCAUGGUGAUAUUUGGAUUCUUUGGGACCAUUUCAUUUUUCUCCGUGGAGUGGGCAGCCGCUGCCAUCGUGGCCCGGGGCUCUGACUACCGGAGUAUUUGACCCGGGGCACCUGCGAGGUGGGGCGCUGCGGCGGACGACGCGCGGGACGUCGGCUCGGCUGAAGAAGCCACCUUCAGCGUCCGCAGAGUGCUGGACGCUGUUCUGGAAGGAAACACAGAGAAUCAAGACUGCUCAGUCAGUCAGGGUUGGUGUUCAAGUUUACAGACAUUAGCUAUUUAAAAUAAGCAGAAUAAGGGAAACUUGUUCUGUCAAUUAUAAUCAUUCAGAAAUGUUGUUUUGCAAGUCCUCUGUCUCAAGUUCCUUAUCAUCAUGCUAUAGAGUGUAAAUGUUUUCUUGCCCUCCUGUUCUCCUCGAAAGAUGCUGCCCCCAAUCAGAACACUAGGCCGUUUGUCAAGUGAAGAUUCUUGCCUGGUGUGGAGUGUGUGCUGCUGUGUGAUGAUGGGGAGCAUAUACAGCCCCCGUAUGUGUCUGGGAGUGAUGUUUAAAUAAACUGUGAGAUGCUGAAGUGGAAUCUUUGAAAAGAUUUACACUUUCUUCCUCCUUAAACGCUUUGUUUUGGUAAGUUUCCCUACCUUGUCAUGUGUAGCAAGGAGUAACUAAUUAUUAUAAAACAAGGUGAAAAUUGUCCAGAGUUUUUAAAAUGAAUCUAACAUGUAAAUGAACAAAAACACAUUUAAAACAAUAUUUUUUUUAAGAUUUUAUUUUUAUUUCUUUGAGAGAGCGAGAGCGUGCAUGGGCAGGGGCAGAGGGAGAGGGAAAGACAGACCCCCCGCUGAGCGGGGAGCCCAAUAUGGGACUCAAUCCCAUGACCUGGAGACCAUGACCUGAACCAAAGGCAGAUGCUGAAUCCACUGAGCCACCCAGGUGCCCCCCAAAACACAUUUAAACAACAACAACAAUACACAUUUACUGGAGAAGGAUUUUUGCUAGCAUUUUCCUAGAAGACGCAAUGCAAAAAAAGAAAGAAAGAAAAAGGGACAUGUAAGCUGUUCUGCGGUGAUGCACGUCCUUCUGGGGAUGUAGCGUAACUGUCUGGGAGGGAUUUUUUUUUUUUUUUUUAAAGAUUUUAUUUAUUUAUUUGACAGAGAGAAAUCACAAGUAGAUGGAAAGGCAGGCAGAGAAAGAGAGAGAGGGAAGCAGGCCCCCUGCUGAGCAGAGAGCCCGAUGCGGGACUCUCCCAGGACCCCGAGAUCAUGACCUGAGCCAAAGGCAGUGGCUUAACCCACUGAGCCACCCAGGCACCCUGGGAGGGAUGUUUAAAGGGACUCACUUUCCUCCAUAAGAGCUUGCCUACAGAUUCUUUCUAAUUGACAUGUAAUUCAGAAACCAUGAAACUCACCAUUUUAAAAUGUACAAUUUAAUAUUUGUUUUUAGUAUAUUCACAAAGUUGUACAGAUAAGCAGCAUGGUGUAAUUCUAGAACAUUCUCAUCACCCCAGAAAGAAACCCCAUGCCUUUUAGCAGUCAUUCCCUAUUGUCUGGCCUCGUGCUGGCAAGCACUACUUUGCUUUCUGUCUCUGUGGAUUUGCCUGUUUGGACAUUUCUUAUGAAUGGGAGAGCUCAUGUUUACCUGUGAAUUUUAACUGUACGAAUGAUGACUUUUACAGCAAGGUAAAUUCAGCCAGGAGGACAGAUAAUACUUUGUUUUCUAUUGUUCUUUUUUUUUUUUUUUUAAACCUGCUAGAGUUUUGUAGAUUUUUAUAGUUGGCUUACAAAUUUGAAGAAAUUCAGUGGAGUGUGGUUUUCAGACUUGAUGGCACACGUUCUGCAGGGAGUCAGAAAGCUGUGUGGUCAGCUCGACUCUGCAGAGAAAUGGCAUUUCUGUGAAGCACUAAACUCUUGUUCCAGGUUGUGUAAAGUUCUGGUUUUCUUUCUCAGCGUUGCGAUAAACCCAGUUGUUUAUUGAUCGUAUAUAAAUAAUUUUGUAAAUGCGAUUGCACAAUGAAUACAAGUGAUUUUAUUGUCUCUUUAAGCACAGGACUGCUUACCUGGGUGUAUUAGUUUUCUAUCAUGGUCUAAUCAUAGGUUACCCCAAAACUUAACCCCUUAAAACGACACACGCUUACCAUCUCACGGUUUCCAUGGGUCAGGAAUCGGCGUGGCUAGGCCAGGUUGCCGGCUCAGAGUCUGUCACAAGGCUGGGUUGGGCUCCACUGGGGAGAGACCCCCUGCUCCGCUCCCUCCUGCGGCUGUUGGCAAAAGUCAGCUCCUUGCGAGCUGCUGGAUAAGAGUCUUCGUUUCUCAUGGCUGCAGGCUGAAGGUCACGCUCUCUGUCCCUUGUUACAAGGGGCUGUCCUCGCGGCAGCUCACAACACGGAAACUGUCUGCAUCAGAGAAAGCAAGUCAGAAAAGCCAGAGAAUGGUAGCAAGACAGAAGUCACAGUCUUUUGUAACUUAAUCUCAAAAGGGACAUCCCAAUACUGGUGCUAUAUUCUCUUUGUUGGAUGCAAGUCGGUAGCCCCGGAUGGGAUAUUCUACACGAGGUGAGGACCAGGAGUCAGCGAGCCUCUGAACCGUCUUACGAGGCUGCUUAUCACACCAGGCUCACACUCCUUUGCAUGUAAGCUCGCACGGGAUCUGCGUUCCCACAUCCCACCUCCUCCUGGGCUCUAGCUCCAUGUGCUCAUAACAGAUCCACAGAACGAGGCUGGCAGAGGUUAAGUAGCUUCUGGAAGUGACACAGAAUACUUCCCUCCCAGAAAGCCGCAGCAUCUCAUCCCACUGGGAGGAUUCCUGGUAACUCGGGUCAAGAAGAAACCGAAACCGGGUGUGGUACAUCGUCGGGGAAAACCCCUCCCGGGCUGCGUCCCACUGACCCGGGCAAUCAUACUCACUUGGAGUUCUGUACUCACAUUGGGUUUCCAGGGCUUUGGCUUUCAUUUGGUUUUUUAAUGUCUAUAAAUAGCGUCGAUUUUGGUGGGCUCCUUAGAUGACGGGUAACACUAAGCGCAUCUUUUAAUUUUUUUUCAUACUUGAGUUAAAAAGGAAAUGUGACCAUGAAAUAAAGAGUUUAGUUUUUA